AUGGGCGACGAGCAGCCAGGGGCGCUUGCAGCGGCAGCGCUUGCGGCGCGCGGUGUGACGGUCUAUGGCCUCAACGCCGCCGGCUCUCUGCCGCUGCAGCCGCAGCCGCAGCACCAGCAGCAGCGCUUCCGCCCGGACUCAGUGUUGCCACUUGUAAGCUCCGCCGUGGAAGCCAGCUCAGAGAUGGUGCUCUUUGAGUCUGUGGCCGGCCGCUCUGCGAUGAUUGGCUUCCUGGUUGCGCUGUGCCUGGAGGGGGCCAGCACCCAGCCCACCUUCACCCCGCUGUCCCCCGCUGACCUCGCGGGCCUCGCCGCCGCCGCGCUCUUCACCGUCGUCGCCGCCGCCGGGGUCGCCGGCGCCGCCGCGCGGCCGUCGCCGGCGGGUGGCGGCGGGAGGGGGUGGUGGUGGCUGGGGGCGCGAAUUCACGAGAGUGUGAUGUCGUCGCUGACCGGGGUGCGGGGCUCGGGCUCCGGCGUCACGCAGCUGCGGGUGGAUGAGGUGGUUGACUUUGUCGUUGACCGCUGCCUCACGCGCGCGGUGCACCCGGUGUUUGACCCGCUGCACGACGCGUACGACGCCGGGUCAACGGUGGUCAGCGUGAUGGACACACUGCUGUCUGGCGAGGACCGCCCCGACCUGCCGCAGUGA